ACAGAGGAAGCAAGCGCGAGAGCCCGAGGAAGGGGAAGGGGAGCAGGAGGCUCUUCAGCCUCAGGCCCAGAGCCUCGAGCCGCCGCGCGCCGGCUGGCCGGGCCUUUGCACCGCUCACCAAGAUGGCGGAGGGGUCCAAGAAGGCCAGCAGAAAGCUGAAGUUCUUCAAGUUCAAGGGCCUUGGGAGUCUCUCCAACCUGCCUCGCUCUUUCACUCUGAGACGCUCCGUGGCCCCCAUCAGUAUCCGGUCCCAGCUGAAGCCCGACACCUUUGAGGCCACGCAGGACGACAUGGUGACAGUCCCCAAGAGCCCCCCAGCUUACGCUCGCUCCAGUGACAUGUACAGCCACAUGGGCACCAUGCCUCGGCCCAGCGCCAAGAAGGCUCAGGACCGACAGGCCUCCCGGGAGCCCCAGGAGGGGGGCCCCGAGCCUCACCUCGUACCCCAAGGUGUGCCGGAACCCCUGGGCCCAGAGGCGGCCAAGGAAGUGGCGGGGGCCGAUGCCUCCGUGGAGGACACAGCGGCAGUGGACCUCAGUGCUUCCGCAGUGGAGGCGGAGCCUAGCGGAGGCCGUGAGGACCAUACGGAGAACACAGAGGAGGAGAUGGCUCCCAGGGAUGUGCACCCAGAAAGGGCUGCAGAAGAGCCGGAGGCUGCGGGGGACUACGUGAAGUUCUCCAAGGAGAAGUACAUCCUGGACUCGUCGCCGGAGAAGUUGCACAAGGAGCUGGAGGAGGAACUCAAGCUCAGCAGCACGGACCUCCGCAGCCACGCCUGGUACCACGGCCGCAUCCCCCGAGAGGUCUCGGAGACCCUGGUGCAGCGCAACGGCGACUUUCUCAUCCGGGACUCGCUGACCAGCCUGGGGGACUACGUGCUCACGUGUCGCUGGCGCAACCAGGCCUUGCACUUCAAGAUCAACAAGGUGGUGGUGAAGGCGGGCCAGAACUACACCCACAUCCAGUACCUGUUCGAGCAGGAGAGCUUCGACCACGUGCCGGCCCUGGUGCGCUACCACGUGGGCAGCCGCAAGGCCGUGUCGGAGCAGAGCGGCGCCAUCAUCUACUGCCCCGUCAACCGCACCUUCCCGCUGCGCUACCUUGAGGCCAGCUACGGCCUGAGCCAGGCCGGCGGCAAGGCUGCCAGCCCCGCCAGCCCCUCGGGGCCCAAAGGCAGCCACAUGAAGCGGCGCAGUGUCACCGUGACUGAUGGCCUCACGGCCGACAAGCUCACCCGCGAUGCCUGCCCCGCCAGCGCGUCUCCGGCCCACCCUCGGGACUCCAUCCGCAACUGCGCCCUGAGCAUGGACCAGAUCCCGGACCUGCACUCGCCCAUGUCUCCCAUCUCCGAGAGCCCCAGCUCCCCCGCCUACAGCACCGUGACCCGCGUCCACGCCGCCCCCGCAGCCCCCUCUGCCACAGCACUGCCUGCCUCCCCCGUCGCCCGGCGCGCCAGUGAGCCCCAGCUGUGUGCCGGAAGCACCCCAAAGCCCCCCGGGGAGCCGGACAAGGGUCCUCACGCCAGCCCCUCGCACAGCCUCUGCAAGGCCUCGCCGUCGCCGUCGCUCAGCGGCUACAGCGACACGGACUGCGGCCACUACUGCCAGCUCCAGCCUCCGGUCCGAAGCAGCAGGGAGUGGGCGGUGCUAGAUGCCUCCAGCCGGCAGGCCAGGAACCACGGGGAGAGGCCAAAGGAACUGUCGGGCCACGGGGCCCCUGAGCGGGAGCGGGAGCGGGAGCGGGGUGAGGCGUUCACUGUGCCCGUCGUGGAAGCCACCUCCUCCUUCAGCCCGGCCACUUUCCAGUCCCUGCUGAUGCCCAAGGACAACCGGCCCCUGGAGGUGGGCCUCCUGCGCAAGGUGAAGCAGCUGCUGGCCGAGGUGGACGCCCGGACGCUGGCCCGGCACCUCACCAAGGUGGACUGCCUGGUUGCUAGGAUACUGGGCGUUACCAAGGAGAUGCAGACCCUCAUGGGAGUCCGCUGGGGCAUGGAGCUGCUCACCCUCCCCCACGGACGGCAGCUUCGACGGGACCUGCUGGAGAGGUUCCACACCAUGUCCAUCAUGCUGGCCGUGGACAUCCUGGGCUGCACGGGCUCGGCCGAGGAGCGGGCAGCGCUGCUGCACAAGACCAUCCAGCUGGCGGCCGAGCUGCGGGGGACCAUGGGCAACAUGUUCAGCUUCGCCGCGGUCAUGGGCGCCCUGGACAUGGCCCAGAUUGCCCGGCUGGAGCAGACGUGGGUGACGCUGCGCCAGCGGCACACGGAGGGCGCCAUCCUGUACGAGAAGCAGCUCAAGCCCUUCCUCCGCAGCCUUAACGAGGGCAAAGAGGGCCCGCCGCUGAGCAGCACCACCUUCCCGCACGUGCUGCCCCUCAUCACCCUGCUGGAGUACGACGCGGCGCCGGCCGAGGGCCCCCAGCCCUGGGGCAGCACGGAGCACGGCGUGGAGGUGGUGCUGGCGCACCUGGAGGCCGCGCGCACCGUGGCGCACCACGGGGGCCUGUACCACACCAACGCCGAGGUCAAGCUGCAGGGGUUCCAGGCCCGGCCCGAGCUCCUGGAGGUGCUCAGCACCGAGUUCCAGAUGCGCCUGCUGUGGGGCAGCCAGGGUGCCAGCAACAGCCAGGCCCGGCGCUACGAGACGUUCGACAAGGUCCUCACUGCGCUGUCCCACAAGCUGGAGCCCGCGGUCCGCUCCAGCGAGCUGUGACCCCGGGGACCUUGCCCUCUGCGGCUGCGGGCGGCACCGGGGGGCAGGGCUCAGAGCACCCCAGGGACACUGUGAUCAGCCCAAGAAUGUUCUGAGUCCAGCGCCAGGACCCCCCUGCACUUCAGGGUCCUGCGUGGACUCUGGGCACCCCCCCCGCACCCUCCCCGGGUCGCCCUCCGGGAGGAACAGGGACCCCUGCCCCAGCUUCUGCUGCUGCUGCUGCCCCCAGACUCCAGUUUGAGCCAGGGGAGCCCCUCACACCGCCUCCCUCCGCUCCAGGCCUCUCCCCUGCCCUGCUGGCACCGGGUUUACCUGUAAAUACGUGUACAGAGCCACGUUCUCUUUCAUAUAAUAAACUUUUAUGACUUUC